ACAGCCCCGGACAGACUGGCGUUCCCCGGGACAGACGGACACCCCUUUGGCGGGCGCGGCUCAGGGCGGCGUUCGCUCCUUCCCGCCCUCUUUCCUACAGAGAGAACAACGGAGAUCGGGCGGCUGAUCAGCUCCUACCUGGUGAAGGAGAAGAACCUGGAGGACCACACCGUCCACCUGCUCUUCUCCGCUAACCGCUGGGAACACGUACCAUUGAUGAAAGAGAAACUACGUCAAGGGAUCACGCUUGUGGUUGACAGAUACGCCUUUUCUGGGGUGGCCUUCACAAGUGCCAAAGAGAAUUUCUGCCUGGACUGGUGCAAACAGCCUGAUGUUGGACUCCCAAAGCCAGAUCUGAUUCUGUUUCUUCAGUUAAGCCCGGAGGAAGCAGCGGAACGAGGGAACUUUGGAAAUGAACGUUAUGAGAGCAGCUCCUUCCAAGAGAAAGUUCUGCAGUCCUUCUCUCAUCUGAUGAAGGACAAGACAUUAAACUGGAAGACAAUAGAUGCUUCAAAGAGCAUAGAAGACUUGCACAGAGAAAUCAAGUCCCUUGCAGAGGAAACCGUGCAGGAGGUUCAGAAUAAACCUUUGGGAGAACUCUGGAAAUAA